UUUGAAUUGUUUAAUCAAUCACAAACAACGAACGACACUACCUUCUCAAUACAUCGAAAUCAACAAUGGCUGGAGGAAAAUGGAUGGGUUGGUGGGGACACUUGGGUGCCCCAGUGCAGCGCGGCAUUGUCAUCUACUCAUUGUCGCCUUAUGAGCAACGUGCUUUUUCAGGAGCUCUUCAUCAAGCAGUCUUCAACACUUUCCGUCGCGUCUCUGGACAGGCCUUUUAUGUUGCUGUUCCUAUGGGAAUCGGUUACGCCGUUUACUCCUGGGGCAAGAAGAAUCACGAGUUCCGUCUCAGCAAGGAGGGCCAUAAGUACUACGAAGGUCAUGAGGGCACUGCUUAGAAAAGAAAAAGAAGUAUUGGAUGGACGUAUGAUCGCGACAAACAUAUUAUUUUGAAUUACGAA